AUGUGCAACCACCGAUCGAAAAGACAACACCACUACUGCGGGACCACGAUGCUGCAAGUUAAUGGGCAUAGCAUCAUCUUCAAAACCCAUGGAGGAAGGAGUCAGAUGGAAUUCACUCAAUUCAAUGGGUCUGCCUUUCUCUCACCAAAGAGGCCCGCAUCUGGCGAUCACGAUGAAGACGGCUCCAGCUCCUCCAAUGUCGAGGCUUCGACUGCCGAUGCCGCCGAUGUGCUGGUCCUGUCCGGCUCAACCUUCAACGAUGUAUCCAACCCGAAGCGCAGACAUGGUGAAUCUUCAUCUCUCCGCAGAAGUCCCCGGACAAGAAUUACAAAGAAGGAGAAUCCCACCGCUGCGGUUUCCACCGAACGGCGCCAAAGCCUCAUCUCCUACAACGCAGGCUCCAUCCAUAUUCACUCGCUGUACGACCACUUCAGCGCCAAAUCCCCGACAGAACGCCUGGUCCACUUGACCGACAAGUGUAAGCCGAGCUACGCGGUGCUACAAGGUGCAGCACUCGCACAUGUCCGGAUACGGUGGUGCAAGUUUGAGAACGUAUCCGCGCCAAAUUUCAGACCCGACGAGCUAUUGAGUUUGGUCGUUAAGACGGUGCGCGUGGAGGUAGACGGCCAAAUGUGUGCCUUCGCUACGGCCAAUGGUGACUCGGUGUUUGCAUACUCCAGAGAACAGGGAGAGCCACCCAAGUUUGAGCUCGAUGUUGGCCAUCCUUGGAAAAAUGCACCGCCGCCGCAGCCUUAG